AUGCCUUCCAAGCCCUCACAGAAGGCUGCUCUCCCCGAGCCCCGAGGCCUCAAAUACGACGAAUCCGACAUGGCACUCUUCCACGCAAAGCUAUCAUAUCACUCUACAAUCGAUAGCCGGCUAGCAUCGAACGACACGAACCUUGCGUCCAUUUCCGAACAUCAAGCACGAAUCAUCAAGCGCUGGGAGAUGUUGAAGCAGGUCGAGAAGGACAUGGCGGACAAAGGCAAAAGCCUAUCACCGAGUGAGAAGAAACAGUUGGCGCAGUAUGAGUGGCGGUACAAAAUGUUGGAGGAGCUCGCAACCAAGAGUAGCAGAUAA